AUGGCCACGCUUGAGAUAGGCCAGAAGGUGUCAGUUAAAGGUGAAGCUGGAGUGAUUCGAUUCCGUGGCUCCACCAAAUUUGCUACUGGAGAGUGGAUUGGGGUAGAAUUGGACACUGGCGUUGGCAAAAAUGACGGUUCUUUGCAGGGUGUGCGUUACUUUCAGUGUCAGAAACAGGGUAACUACGGCGUGUUCGUACGUCCCAGUAUGCUUGGAAACACGUCUCAGAAUGAGAAGCUGCGGCCCAUUCUGGAAGUACAGGCGAUUGUUGACAAGCUUCAGACCAAGCUUCGAGCUGCAAGAGCAGAAAUCGACAAGAAUAAGAAAGAUCUAGAGGAAGCAGAGGCGAAGCUACAACAGAAGUCCGCACAGGUAGAUGAUCUCGAGGCAAAUCUCGAACGAAUCAGCGUGGAAGGAGAUUACUUGAAAUCUCAGAAUAUUACCUUGUCAUUGGAACUACAGCAACUUCAGACUAGUUAUGCGGAUAUGUCUGCGGAGUACGAGAUCCUACAAGAAGAGAUGGAUCUCAAUAAGGAGCUUGAAGAGGAGGUCAAAAUGCAGCUAACUGACUCUCAUGCUGUCACCGCUGAGGAUUUCCAGUUGCUAGUGCAGCACAACAAAAAGCUUGAACUUGCAGUUUCGUCAUUAAGGAAACUCUCCAGUGAAAAGGAAGGUAAGUUCAGUGAGGAAAUCCAAAGUCUUAGAAGCGAGAUUGUAGACUUCGAGGAAUUGAAGAAAACAUACCAGCUCACAAUUGAAAAAUUGAAGCAGGCAGACACAACCAUUGCACAUCUUCAGGAGCAGUUGGAAUCGGCGAAUGAACUGGAUCUGAUCAUUGAGUAUCUCACCAGAGAAAAUGAGAGCCUUAGCUUGAAAAAUAAGGAUCUCACAGAGACUGUGAACGAGUUGAAGGAAAUCCAUGAACUUGAUAAGUCCCUUGAGGAAGAUCUGCGAAAAGUUGAACAAGACUUGAAAGAUCAAAUUACAUCCUUGCUGAGCCAAAUUACUCAGGAAAAACGAAGGGUGGAAGUUUUGAAUUCCAAACAUGAGCUGCUACUACAUGAGAUGGAAUCUUUAAAGAAAUCAAACAAUUCAUCCUCGUCGCUGGGCAGCAUGGAAUUGGAAUCCCUUAAUCUCGAAAUCAAGAAACUACUGCUUGUGAUUGAAAAUUCGAAUUUCAAAUCUAAUGUCAGUCUGCGAGCUUUGGAUUGUCUUCGAUCUCUCAACCUUAAGUCUGUGUCUGAAAAUUUCCGUGAGGUGAUCUCGACAUUCCAGAAUCUCGGAAUGGCGCAAUCAAUUGCACGAGAGAUUCAAACUGCAUUAUCCAAAUCACCUACCGCUAUCAAGAUCGAGAUUUUGAACGUCUUUGAACGUCUUUGCGGCCUCUUGGAUGCUGCGUCGUAUCAACUUGAGUAUGAGUAUGAAGAUUCUGAUGUUACAUUUCUAGGUACCCGACUUGAAUUGCUUUAUUCUGACCUACUACAGGCUUUCGAGAAUCUGCACUUCGAAGAUAAGACAUCAUUGGGUGCUUUAGAUUCACAUUUUAGCACUUUACGCUUGUUCUGCAAGGAUGCGAGAUUCUUAAGAUCAAUUUCCUUCUUUUGUCUUACGGAGUUAGGGCUGGAAGUCAAUAACACACAUCGAAUUUGUGAAAGCAUUUUAAAACUCAUUCCUCAAGAUAAGGGACAAGAACUCCGAACUAUGAAAAAGCAAAUCGAAUUGGUGAAAGAACAAUGUGAAACUGCAUUGGAGGAGUCCAAAUUCGACAAGAUUAUUCAGCCUGGAAAGUUACUGUUAAUUAAGUUACCAGAUCUCAGUGAUAACUUACUCAUGACUUUGCAGCAACUUGAAUCCGAUUCGUCUGUAGAUAUGGACAAUUCGAUUACCCUGGAAAUACAGAGGUACACUGCUGCUUUAUACGAGCUUUCACAAGUCAUAAAAGGUAAUCUGCAAGAUGCUAUUGAAGAAUCAAUUUUUCAAUGCAUAAUUGAUCGUCGCGUUGAGGUAACAACUCCAAAUGAAUUGCUAUCAGACAGAAUAGAGAAAGACAAGAUAAUUAAUGACUUGAAACUCAACAUUGAGGUCUUGGAAAAGAACAUGGGCGCCACCAUCGAGGGGAAGUCAUCCAAGAUUCUAGAGUUGAAAGACAUGCUUCAGCAAGCCAAGAGUGAAUUUCAAGAUUUGGAGGCCAAGCAUAAAAAGUUGGUUGCCACUAAUAAAACUCUAGAAAAUCAAGUCCAGUCCCUUUUCGAGCUGAAUGCUCUGAAGGCUCAAAAUCAGAUACGUGCCAUUGAGGAUCUCAAGUCAAAAAAGAGUUACACUACUGAAAUGGCUCUCGCUCAAGAAAUUUCCAUGUUGAGGAACAUGGUUGCACUUUCGUCUCGAAAUCGUGAACAUGAGGAUAUUUCAUGGUUGGCUGAGCCAAUUUAUCCUCAGUACGGAUGUAUUACAUAUGGACGGCAAAUUGAAUUCGAAGCUAGAGCCCGUGAGACAAGGGCGCUUGCUUCAAGAAUUCUGCAACGGAUUCUCAGGUCUUAA